AUGAAGUUCAACGCAGCACUGUCCAGCGUUCUGCUGGCGGCCUCAGCCGUCGUCGCCGCCCCGACGUCGACUCUCGAGGUCGAGGCGUCCCGUGUCGACUCAGCCCUCGAGAAGCGUGCAACUACCUUCUGUGGCAAUUGGGGUUCUCAGACUGCCGGCCCCUACACCUUCUACCACAACAACUGGGGUGCUGGGGCCGCCUCCUCCGGGUCGCAGUGCACCACGUUCAACGACCUGCAAAGCAACACGGCCUCCUGGUCCACCUCAUGGACCUGGGCCGGUGGGUCGGGCUCCGUCAAGUCGUACUCAAACGUCGCCCUUGAGAAAGUGAACAAACAGCUCAGCGCUGUGUCGACCAUAAACUCUAUUUGGAAGUGGGGUUAUACUGGCUCUUCUCUCGUCGCAGACGUCGCCUACGAUCUGUGGCUGUCUACCUCAUCUGGAGGCACAAACAAGUACGAGAUCAUGGUCUGGCUCGCCGCUUACGGCGGCGCCUUCCCGAUCUCCAGCACGGGGACCACCCCUAUCGCGACGACCACCAUUGCUGGGCACAGCUGGAAGGUCUACCGCGGCCCCAACGGAGAUACCACCGUCUACUCCUUUGUCGCCGACUCGACCAUCACCAGCUUCUCUGGCGACCUGAACGGUUUCUUCAAGUACCUCGUCAGCAGCCAGGGCCUGUCCAACUCGCUGUGGAUCACCUCUCUGCAGGCGGGAACUGAGCCCUUCACGGGCUCCAACGCUGUCAUGACCACGUCGUCUUACACUAUCAGCGUUCGAUAG